AUGAUUGAUAACAGAUUGAGCGUUUCUCUACAAUUAGAGGGUCAUGGACGGGAGCAGGAGCAUCGGAAAACCCAAGAUGGUUCUAGAGCUUCAGAUAAUUCUUCAAACUCGGAAAUUACAUCAGAAAAUCACAGGCGGCAAUAUCUUGAAUCUGCGUCUCUUUAUAGAAAAUUUAAGCUGGCAAUUAUUCCUCCUUUGCAAAACUCGUUCUCAUUCUUGAAUUCUGGAAUUGUCUCUCCAGCUGAAGAGUACUUAGGAAGUGAGAAGCAUGAGGAGCUUAAUGUGGAAUCCGCGUCAAAUGAGGAAGAUGAUGACAUUGCUUCGGCUAUUGAUGGACUGAGGGUUCUGAAUUAUUUCUUCAGCUUGCUCACAACAUCUAUGUGUUCUGGUUUAGGCUCUCCACCUGUCAUGAAUUCAGAAAAAGAGGAUGAAGGUGUGCGGAAGGAUUUCAACAAAGGGGAAUCCUGGCUCUCUUAUGGCGCUUUUGAAGAGAGCAGUGAUAGCGAGAGCGAAACUAAAAGUGGAAGUAAUUCUUCAGAAAAUAACAUUCAACACAAUUCCGAGCUAAUAGAGAAUGAAUCCAAUCCUUUAAAUCUUCGAACCCUGCGUAAUUCAAAAGGCUCGCAUAAGAGCAAAGUCCGUGAUGUCAGUAGUUCGUCAAGUAUACCAUAUCCUCAAAAUUCUUCAACUCUAUCAUUGACAAAUUCUAAAAGUGACAGUAAUAUUGGUGAUGCUAGUCUGCAUGAAAACAUGAAUACACAUGUCUCUCUGAGCGAUGAGAUGUCAUCAAAUAGAAACUUGGUAAAGGGAAGCCAUCUGCAAAGUGACUUGCUUUCAAAAUUUACACCCUUUCAAGAAUCAAUUUUGAAAAAUCUAGAUCCUCAUUGGAUUGAAGAAGGCAUUUUGAUAAAAUUGAAAGAAGACUAUAGUACUAUUGAGUCUCAAGAGGCACAGAAAAAGAAAAAUGCGUUGAGAAUUAAGAUUGCAAACAAGUUGCAAAGAGUCUUUGAGCUCUCUAACAAUGACUAUUUCUAUGGUAACUUUAGUGCUUGGUUAAUAAAAGAUGUUUUGCUUCAAGGUCAUUUAUAUCUCACGAGAGACAGCCUAUUAUUUUUUGCAUUUCUUCCAGAUCGGUACAUAACGAAUAACUCUGACGAGGGUGGCUAUAACCAGGAUGACUCUGACUUAGUGAUACAAUCUGGAUCACUAGGUCUAAAAACAGCUCAAUAUGGUGAUUCGAUGUUCAGUACUGUUAUAACUCAUCGAUAUUGGGCAACAUUAAGAUCAGAUACUUUAGCAAUUUACAACAGCUCAACUGAUUUGUAUUUUCCUAGUAUAGUUAUAGAUCUAAGAAGUUGUGUGAAGGUGGAAAUUAUAGACAAGCCGCAACCUAAUAAGCAAGUAUCUGCUGCCGUAACUUCGCCGAGAUUAUCUCGCCGAAAUUCAAGUGAUAUUUCAAAUUGGACUGAUGAUGAGUCAGAAAUUGCCAGUAUAUUAGGACAAGAAAGUUCUGACGAAAAUAUUGAUGAAUUGACGGAUGGUAUUUGGUUUCAGUUAGUAUCGAAAAAGAAAACAUACAAGUUUCAUGCUGAUAACUUAUUUACUGCAAGACAAUGGUGUAAUAAUUUGACCAAACUAAUCUUCCAACUACAUAAUGCGAACUCCAAGAACGAAGUUUUAAUUAAAAUUCCGAUUGAAAAUAUUGUCAGCUUUGAAAGAAACGGGAUUCUCAAGGAUGAUGCUUGCGAUAAUAAUCAGGAUGAGGAUCCAGCACUUACUCUUAGUAUCAAAUAUUUAGAAACUGAGGAAAUACAAAGUGCUUCUGCCUCUAGGUUGAAAAAAACUUUCUCAAAAAGAACGAAAAAGACGUCUGUCAUAGAUUCUCUGUCAAUGGACCAUCAAGUUGGAGAAAUAUAUUUCCUUUUUUUCAAUAAUGGUGAGCGAUUAUACAAGCAAUUUCAUGAUAUUGUGUAUAAAAAUCACGGCUACGAACAUAAUGAAAAAAUGGAAGGAGAAGUGAAACACGAAAACUUUAUAGAUAAAGCAAGAAAGAUGGCUAAAAAACAUUCUUUUCAAGAUCAGAAAAACAUUGCUCGAAAUAUAUCGACAUUACUGAGAAAUGGAACAACGAAUGGUUUGGUGAGCCAGGUCACGCAACCAAAGGCUCUGACUACCAAUAAUUCAUCGCCAACUUCACCCAAUAGCUCAACAUUGUUACAAGACUCUGGCAUUAAAAGGCUAGGGAAAAACUUAAGUCACCCCUCAAGUUUUUUUGUAAAAAAAAGCGAUGAAGGAUCUGUUGAGUAUCUGAAAAAGAUAUCCUCGAGCCCUCUCCUAAGUGAGGAUUUACAUCAAUCGAAAGAUGGUGUGCCCACUUUUCUGUCUGAUUACCAGCAUAUCAAUUUGCCACGGCCUUUAUCAGUGAGUGGCUUAAAGAAUCUACAAAUGUCUUUUGAAACAACGCAGAGAAAACUAGAGGACGCGAAUACUAGAUACACUGACGGAAAGAAUGAACCAGAAGAUGCCUCCAAUGACUCUUCUAAGAAUGAUUGUACUUCUAAAAGGCUCGAGUCUGACCGUAUUGAUACGCAAAUGUUUCCUAGUCCUCUAAUCUUGAGUGAUCCUACUGACGUUGAAGUUCAAUCGAAAUCAGGGCAGAAUAAAUUAAAAAACCUCGGCAAACAUCUUAAAGCACUUUCUCAAGUCAGUUCUAUGUGGACAGGUCAUCCCAACCAUUUCCAGGCUGUCUUCGAAGGUGACCCUUAUUAUAUUCAAGAAAAAUCGACUAGAGAGGAGUCAUUGGAACAUUAUAGGUCACAUUUCACAUUAAGGAAUGAUAAAAUUUUGGUAGCUUCUUACUAUGCUCACUUGCGAAGGUCGAUCCCUGUAUAUGGAAAGCUAUAUUUAGGUAACGAUGAGCUUUGCUUCAGGAGCCUACUACCUGGUGUACUGACCAAAAUGAUACUACCCUUGAGAGACAUUGAAAAUUGCUACAAGGAAAAGGGUAUGAAAUUUACCUAUUCAGGUUUGGUGAUUGUAAUUCGAGGACAUGAAGAAAUAUUUUUAGAAUUUAGCUCUCAAAAAGCACGAGAUGAUUGCGAGCUACUAAUCUUAAGAGAGUUGGAAAGAAUACAUGGAAAUGAUAGCUGGACUCCUCAGCCACAUGAUUGGGGUGAUAAUUAUUCUUUUGGUUUGGAUAAUUUAAGGAUGGAUCAUUCUAUGUCUGUUUCUGGAUCUUACGAUGACCUGGAUAUUAAACUAGCUUCCUCUCGAAUUGAAAAUGCCAGAUUAAAACUUUUUGAAGAUAAAGUAAAUGCGGCCGCUGGCUUGGACGUCCCUAUAAUAUUAGAAGACUCCCCUUUUUUUAAAACUGAAAUUCGACCUUCGACUUCAUAUAACUUUACGUUAUUGACUAUAGGAUCCAGGGGUGACGUACAGCCAUAUAUAGCCUUAGGUAAAGGUUUAAUUGCCGAGGGUCACAAUGUAACUAUUGCAACUCAUAAGGAGUUUGAAGGUUGGAUCAAAGGACAUAACAUGAGCUUCAAAGAGAUUGCAGGAAACCCCGCAGAAUUAAUGUCUUUGAUGGUGACUCAUGGAUCAAUGUCAGUUGCCUUUGUGAAGGAAGCCAGUAGUAAAUUUAGAGGUUGGAUUAACGAUCUCUUAAUAUCAAGUUGGAUAGCAUGUCAAGAUACUGAAAUAUUGAUUGAGAGCCCCUCUGCUAUGGGUGGUAUUCACAUUGCGGAAGCAUUAGGUAUUCCUUAUAUGAGAGCCUUCACUAUGCCUUGGACUAAAACUCGUGCCUAUCCUCAUGCGUUUAUUGUACCUGACCAGAAAAAAGGUGGAUCUUAUAAUUAUUUAACUCAUGUCAUGUUUGAAACAAUCUUUUGGAAAGGAACUUCAUCCCAGGUAAAUAAAUGGAGAGUGGAGCAAUUGGAUUUGCCAAAAACUAACUUGAGCAGGUUACAGCAAAGCAAGAUUCCGUUUUUAUACAACGUUUCACCAACGAUUUUUCCACCCUCUGUGGACUUUCCUGACUGGGUAAAAGUGACAGGAUACUGGUUUUUAGAUGAAGGUUCAGCGAAAGAUUACUCGCCGCCCCAGAAGUUAGUUGAAUUUCUCAAAACGGCUAGAGAAGACAGAAAGAGAGUUGUAUACAUAGGUUUUGGAUCAAUUGUGGUGAAUGAUGCGAAGAGUUUAACAAAGGCAAUCGUUGAAGCUGUCGUAAGUGCUGAUGUUAGAUGUAUUCUAAAUAAAGGUUGGUCUGACAGAUUAACAGAUAAGGAUAAGUCAGAACCUGAAAUAGAAUUGCCGAUGGACAUUUUCAACUCUGGUUCAAUUCCACAUGAUUGGUUGUUUCCAAGAAUUGAUGCUGCUGUUCACCAUGGAGGUUCCGGUACAACUGGUGCUACUUUAAGAGCUGGAUUACCAACCGUAAUCAAGCCGUUUUUUGGUGAUCAGUUUUUCUAUGCCUCCCGUAUUGAGGAUGUGGGGGCAGGUAUCUGUUUGAAGAAAUUGAAUUCGAGGUCUUUGAGUAAGGCUUUAAAAACAGUUACUACGGAUCUCAGGAUCAUUGAAAAGUCGAAAAAGAUAAGCGAGAAAGUAAAGCGUGAACAUGGUGUCAUGUCUGCCAUUGAAACAAUAUACUCUGAACUUGAGUAUUCUAGAAAUUUGAUUUUGGCAAAGCAACAAUACAAUGAGAACUACAAAAAUACGCAUUCUAAUAUGAGAUCUGGGGCUACAACUCCAGGAGCACAUACGCCACUUAUUUUCAUCGAUGAGGAUGGCAAUGAAAGUGAUGAAUUUAAAAAUCAACGUGAUCGUCUGGCAUAUAGUUCUGAUGAUGAUGAUGAUGAUGAUGAUAGCGAUGUUGACGAUGAUGAUAACGAUGAUAACGAUGACAAUGGUAAUGAUGAUGAUGUCGUAGAUAUCGAAGCUACUGAAAAGAGAUGA